AUGCGGGUCCUAACGAUGUGGGCGCUGGUGGCGCUAUGUUCGUCGCUCUGCUCGGCGGCGGACAUACUGAUGAUCACAAUGGGUGGCACCAAAUCACACAAGAUCCCGUUCUGGGAGCUGGCCAAAGGAUUGAUACCGAGGGGUCACAACAUCACUUUCGUAAGCGGCUUCCCGGCCGAUUUUGCCCUGCACGGUCUGCAGGAGAUUACCCCGUCCGGCCUGGUAGAGUACAUCCGUAACUACACCAACUGGGAUUUGCUGGGGGCUCGCAUGCGAGGCGAUCUGCCCCUGUCGAUGUGGGACGUCUUUCGGUACGCGUGGCAAGCCUGCGAUGCAACCCUAGAGGACAAAGAAACGAUGGACCUACUGGGGCGGAAGUUCGAUUUGCUCAUUCUGGAUGGAGCCUAUCCCGAAUGUGCGCUCGGACUGGCCUACCGGUUGGGUACUCCCUACAUGUACAUUAACACGGUCGGUUUCUACACCGGAACAAUGUCGCUGGCUGGAAACCCUUCACCUUAUUCGACAAAUCCGGUUUUCUAUCGACCACUCACCGAUGACAUGAAUUUCUUCCAACGGGUCAUGAACAGUUUCUUCAGUGUUUUCAUCCUACCGGUGCAAAUUUCUAGUCUUGCCGUACUGCAGGCGGUUGUUCGACGACAUCUCGGAACGGACGUUCCGAACGUUUGGGACCUCUCGCGGAAUGUGAGCUUCAUCCUACAAAAUGGACACGCCACAGUUACCUAUCCUCGUCCGAACCUGCCGAACAUCGCCGAAAUUGCUUGCAUUCACUGUAAACCUGCUGGACCGCUGCCGAAAGAUUUGGAAGAUUUCAUCUCCGGGUCUGGUGAAUCGGGCUUUAUCUACGUUUCGAUGGGAUCCUCCGUCAAAGCAGCUAACAUGCCGGACCAACUGCGUCAGCUGCUAAUACAGACCUUCGCUCGGCUUCCGUAUCGAGUGUUAUGGAAGUACGAAGCUAGCGCGUCGAUCAAGGAUCUUCCGUCGAACGUCAGACUCGGUCGGUGGCUACCGCAGCAAGACAUCCUCGGCCAUCGAAAACUGCGAGCUUUCGUGACGCACGGUGGUCUGCUCAGCAUGUUCGAAACCGUCUUCCAUGGCGUUCCGGUGGUCACGAUGCCCGUGUUCUGCGAUCACGAUUCGAACGCAGCCAAAGCGGAAGCCGACGGUUACGCCCUGCAGCUAGAUCUGACAACGCUGACCAGCGAACAGCUGGUCCGAGCCAUCCAUCGGGUGAUACACGAUCCCAAAUAUAGGAACGAUGCCAAACGCCGUCAGAUGUUACUGAAGGAUCAAAGGACAACCCCGCUGGAGACGGCCAUCUACUGGACGGAGUACGUGCUGCGGCACAAUGGAGCCUACCACCUGCAAACGCCCGCGAGGAAUAUGACUUUCUUCUCCUACUACUGCUUGGACGUGAUUUGUUUCUUCCUGGCGGCGGGCUACCUGUUGCGUCAGGUUAUCCGGCGGGUGCUGAAACCGCAAAUCUUCCAACUAACCAAGGAAAAGAUACACUAA